CGGGUGGCUCGCGCUGUGCGCGCCCCGGCGGCGGCGUGGUCCUGGUGGGCUGCGGUCCGCGCGCUGCCGCGGCCGCCCUCUUCGGAGGUGGGAGGGGCAGACGGAGCAGGCGCGGGCCCGGCGGAAGCCAUGUUUGUGGCGCGCAGUAUCGCGGCGGACCAUAAGGAUCUCAUCCAUGAUGUCUCUUUCGACUUCCACGGGCGACGGAUGGCUACCUGCUCCAGUGACCAGAGCGUCAAGGUCUGGGAUAAAAGUGAAAAUGGGGAUUGGCAUUGUACUGCUAGCUGGAAGACACAUAGUGGAUCGGUGUGGCGUGUGACAUGGGCCCAUCCUGAAUUUGGACAGGUUUUGGCUUCUUGUUCUUUUGACCGAACAGCUGCUGUGUGGGAAGAAAUAGUAGGAGAAUCAAAUGAUAAACUGCGAGGACAGAGUCAUUGGGUUAAGAGGACAACUCUAGUGGAUAGCAGAACAUCCGUUACCGAUGUGAAAUUUGCUCCUAAGCAUAUGGGUCUUAUGUUAGCAACCUGUUCGGCAGAUGGUAUAGUAAGAAUAUAUGAGGCACCAGAUGUUAUGAAUCUCAGCCAGUGGUCUCUGCAGCAUGAGAUUUCAUGUAAGCUAAGCUGUAGUUGUAUUUCUUGGAACCCUUCAAGCUCUCGUGCUCAUUCCCCCAUGAUAGCUGUAGGAAGUGAUGACAGUAGUCCAAAUGCAAUGGCCAAGGUUCAGAUUUUUGAAUAUAAUGAAAACACCAGGAAAUAUGCAAAAGCUGAAACCCUCAUGACAGUCACAGAUCCUGUCCAUGAUAUUGCCUUUGCUCCAAACUUGGGAAGGUCUUUCCACAUUCUAGCCAUAGCAACCAAAGAUGUGAGAAUUUUUACAUUAAAGCCUGUGAGGAAAGAACUUACCUCUUCUGGUGGACCAACAAAAUUUGAAAUUCAUAUAGUGGCUCAGUUUGAUAAUCAUAAUUCCCAGGUCUGGCGAGUGAGUUGGAAUAUAACAGGAACAGUGUUAGCAUCUUCUGGAGAUGAUGGCUGUGUAAGAUUAUGGAAAGCUAAUUAUAUGGACAAUUGGAAGUGUACUGGUAUUUUGAAAGGUAAUGGGAGCCCUGUCACUGGGAAUUCUCAGCAGGGAAACUCAAAUCCUUCCCUAGGUUCAAAUAUCCCAAAUCUUCAAAAUUCAUUAAAUGGAUCUUCUUCUGGCAGGUAUUUCUUUCCCCCUCUGGAUUCCCCACGGGCUGGAUCGAGAUGGUCCAGUUAUGCCCAGCUCCUUCCUCCUCCUCCUCCUCCUCUGGUAGAGCACUCUUGCGAUGCUGACACUGCCAACCUCCAGUAUCCUCACCCUCGCAGACGAUCUCUCUCUCGGCCUCUUAAUCCCUUACCUGAGAAUGAAGGGGUUUAAAACACUGAUUUAACACUUAAAGGCCUUAUUCAAGUGCUUGUAAAUGCUUUCAUUCCUGGCUGCUUUUUGUUUUUCUUCAUUUUCUUUCAGAAGAUUUUUCUAAGUUAGGGUCCGUCUUGCAUGUAUUACAACCAGAACACAGUGUUUGGAACCUAAAUGUGUUUGUGCUUCUGCAUCAAAGGAACAUUUGCCUCACUGGUUGAUAACCUUUGAUGAAAUGCGAUAAGUACAAGUAACGUGAACUAUGAGAUUUACAGUAGCUGAUUUCACUUUCAAAGUGCCUAUUCGUUUUAUCUUGAACUGUUACGGUGUUAAUUUUCUUAUGGUUUGUCAUUCUGGUUAAUGUGAAAGCGUAUCAUAGAGUUCACUUUGCCUUUGAGACAUAUUAAGAAAUGUUUUAAAAUUUACAGGCUAAUGUUGGAUCUGACUAGUUUGUAAAAUAAAUCAUUCCUGUGUAUAAAGCAGCAAAACAUAA